UCGAAUUUUAGUAUAAAAGGAGUUGUGCCGAUCCCGAUUAAUCAGAAUUAAACCAACACAACACAGCAACCAUCAACAUGAAGUCUAUGAUCGCAGCUAUCCUGUUUGCCCUUGUGGCCACCUCCCUUGCCGGUUAUCUGGGUUACGCCGGUUACGGUUACGGAGCACCCUACGGAUACGGUGGUUACGGCGGUUACGGCUACGGAUACCCAGUAGGACGUGCCGUAGCCUACAGCUCAUCUAUCCGUCACCCUGGUUACGGAUACGGUCUGGGAUACGGUGGUUACGGAUAUGGACUUGGUCUGGGUUACGGUGGAUACGGACUCGGCCUGAGAUAUGGUGGAUACGGACUCGGGCUGGGAUAUGGACUCGGACAUGGAAAAGUUUGGUAGAGCCGAAGAUAGAUGAAAAUUACGUUGUAAAUUAAUAUUUGUUAAAUUAAAAUUGUUUUUUUCCUGCUUUA